AUGACUGCGUUGGCGGGGUCUAUACCGAGGAUGAUGCGACCCACGCUGGCUCAGAACUACCCCCGCAGUGGCUUCCCAUUAGAAGUGUCUACACCACUGGGCCAAGGUCGCGUGAACCAGCUCGGAGGAGUGUUCAUAAAUGGAAGGCCGUUACCUAAUCACAUCAGGCACAAAAUCGUGGAGAUGGCGCACCACGGGAUCCGGCCGUGCGUUAUCUCCCGGCAACUGCGCGUCUCUCACGGCUGCGUGUCCAAAAUUCUGUGCCGCUACCAGGAGACCGGCUCUAUCCGCCCGGGAGCCAUCGGAGGCAGCAAGCCCAAGCAGGGGGCGACUCCGGACGUGGAGAAGCGGAUAGAGGAGUACAAGCGCGACAGCCCGGGCAUGUUCAGCUGGGAGAUCCGGGACAGGCUGCUUAAAGACGGCGUCUGCGACCGCAACAACGUCCCCUCCGUGAGCGCCAUCAGCCGCAUCCUGAGGAGUAAGUUUGGAGGGAAGUGUGACGAUGAGGAGGACGAAGAGGAGCUGGAGAAGAAGGAGCUGGAGGAGAGCGAGCGCAGAGCCAAACACAGCAUCGAGGGCAUUCUGGGAGACCGCUCUCCUCAGUCGGACGACGGCUCAGAGGUGGAGUCUGAGCCCGACCUGCCGCUGAAGAGGAAACAGCGCCGCAGCAGAACCACCUUCACCGCAGAGCAACUGGAGGAGCUGGAGAGAGCCUUCGAACGCACGCACUAUCCAGACAUCUACACCCGCGAGGAGCUGGCACAGAGGGCGAAGCUGACAGAGGCGAGAGUACAGGUUUGGUUCAGUAACCGGCGAGCGCGCUGGAGGAAGCAGGCAGGAGCCAAUCAGCUGAUGGCGUUUAAUCACCUGAUCCCCGGGGGCUUCCCUCCCUCCGCCAUGUCCAGUCUGCAGCCGUACCAGCUCUCAGAGACCUCCUACCCACCCUCAUCUAUAGCACAAGUUUCAGACCCCCCCAGUACAGUGCACCGUCCCCAGCCUCUGCCCCCCUCAUCAGGACACCAGAGCUCCAGCGGGACCCAGGGAGAGGGGGGCACGGCCUACUGCCUGGCCCCGGGACGACACUCCUUCUCUGGGUACUCCGAUGGCUUCGUGAGCCCCGGAGGACCAGCCAACCCUAUCAACCAAGCACUAGGCAACGGACUCUCUCCACAGGUGAAAAUUGUCUUACCCCACUACAGAUAUGUUGUGAUGGGUCUGCUAAACCACGGUGGAGUCCCUCACCAGCCCCAGAGCGACUACGCCAUCUCCCCGCUCACCGGCGCCCUCGAGCCCCCUGCUGGCAUGGCAUCAAAUUGCAGCCAGCGCAUGGAGCACCUGAAGGGCCUGGAGGGUCUGAGCAGCGUGCCCUCCAUGGCCGCUCUGCCCUCUCUGCCCAGCUCACAGUCCUACCACCCCCCCACAGCCUACACCUCUCCUGCGUACACCGUGGACCAUGUGGGGCCCUACCAAUACAGCCAGUACGCACAAAGUGCCCUUCCUUAUUUGAGGCCAGAGAUCACCUAA